AUGGCGCCUCAUGCGGGGGAGGGCUCGGGGGAGCGCAGCGACCCAGACGACGAAGAUGAGCUGCUGAUCGAUGUGCCGGACGCGGAUAGCGAUCCAGAGGGGAACACAUCGCAGAGCCGGUGGUGCAGCGGAUGCACGCGCUCGCACCGCGCCUGCGUCUGCGCCCACAUUCCGUCCAACCUGGAAUCCAGGCUGCGGGGAAAGAUCAUCAUACUCCAGCACCCCCACGAGGAGUCCCGCAACAUAUGCACGGGCCGCCUGCUGGCCAAGUGCGUCCCGGUGACCAUCCUGCGGAGCCGGACGUGUCCGAGCGGCAAAUUCCCAGACCUCGAUGCGGCUCUCGACGACGCCCGCGACGGACGCGCGCCGCUGUACGUCAUGUACCCGGGCCCGGGCGUGCAGGACCUCGCGAACCUGCCGCGCCCGGCCGACCCGCCCCUGGACCCCGCGCAGCCCCCUGACGCAGCAAAACACCCCUCCUAUGCAUACUACCUCUUUUUGAUCGACGCGACGUGGCACCAGGCGAAGGAGAUGUGGCGGCACGCGCGGGAGCGACUGCUGGCGCACGGGCAGCAGUGCAUCGUGCGCGGCGGAGCGGCCGCGAGCGGGUUCGCGAUGCCAGACGGGGAAGGCAACGGAGAGACGCCGCUGCCCGGUCCGGCGCCGUUCCUGCUGAUGAUGGAGCCGCAGGAGGGCAUGAUGACGACGAUGGAGUGCGUGGCGCGCGCGCUGGGGUGCCUGGAGGGCCCUGACGUCAUGGAUGCCAUCCUGCGGCCCCUGGGGGCAAUGGUAGAAAUACAAGCGCGGUACGACCCCGCGGUGCGGUGCCGGACCGGGCGGUAG